UUGCACCAGAUUCCUUUGACCGGUCCUCACACGGUCACACCCCCACCUAAUAAUCCUCCCUCCUUCCCCAACCAUUCCAUGGCUGGCUCCAACUACCCCGCACACAUCAAACCAACCAGGUAAAAUCCAUGGUUGCCCAUCAAUCGGUGCACCAGGGAGUGGGCAUAGAAGACGAGGGGCAGCGUCGUCCGUCCUUGACCGGCCACCAUCAUCAUCUAUAUUCGUGCUGGGGUUAAUUUGAUCUGGGGUCAACCUUUUCAUAUGGUAUUCUGGUGUUCUACUAUUCAGAGCACAAAAUUUCGCUGAUUCCUUCCGGGGAGACUCUAUUCCAUUCAGGCACCGAAAUUAGCGCCUCCUGUUUGAUGUAUGGAGUGCCUACACUGGACCAGGUGGUAGCGGCGUGCCGGGACCCCGGCGUGUUCCGGCUGAAGCACGACCUCCUCGGUACGAACUUGGGGAAGAAGGCCAAGCUGCCCGGCUACUUCUGGGGCACUUCGGAUUGCUCGCCGUCUAUCAUCCACGCGCGCAGCGCCGCCGCACAUCGCCUGUCGCCCUACAUCCAGAUUACCAUGGCGGCCGGAGGUGUCGAAGUGGUACACCGGGAUGAGGAAGAGCGCCCCCCCCCGCCCAAGAUGGCCACGCCGGUGACGGAUCUCGGGAGGCAGAGCGCGAACGUUUUCGCCACCUUCUGGUGGACGCAAACCGACGGUGAGCUCUGUCGUGAGCAGCGCUGCUCUUUGCCGCCGACGUGCUCAUGCGCGCUCGAGCUAGAGAAGGUCCUGUACGCGCUCCUCCUCGAGGGCCUUGUCCAGCUCUUCGACUCUGGCAGUUAUUCAGGCACCAGGAAGCUAGCAGCAAGACUAGAACUGCUCUGCUCGCGAUAGCCGUUCGUGAGCUGGUGCGGGUGGAGGUCGAUCAGCACUUAGACGGGAGCAGUACGUCAUAAUAAUUACCUGUUCGGCCGAGGUUACUCGAGCUAGGAUGAAGAGGGCCAAGCCAUGAGGGGACGCCGGAUGUUGCUGAGCGGCGGACAAUGCAGCGCCUCGUGCGGCUUCCGCUGGCCGGGCGGCGGAGCUAUGAGGAAGUUGUGAGGCUGGACGCGGCGCAGUGUCGGGCUCGCGGGAGCGUGUACCGCAGGGGCCGCGACGUGCACGGGCUUGGCCGACCAGAGGUGCGGCGGUCUAGCUUGGGGAGGACUGCGUCCAUGGAAUUGCUGCGUCCAUGGUCGAGCCGGCAAGAGAAGACGAAGCUAAUUAAUUCUGGUUUCUGGAUCGAUCCGGUCCUGCUCAAUGUACUAGUAUAAGUGUAUAACUUGCUACUCAGGAUUUUUUAAGUUCUCUCAUCAUUAAAAUGGUUCCACGCGCAUGCAUUUUGUAGAACGUUUUCUGGCCUGACACAAGGCCCGCAUGAUGCCUGCUGCUACUGUGUCCUCGACUUGUUAUUUGUAGCUAAAUCUAGUGUUCCAAGUCCCUGAGAUUUAAUGAUAAGAGAGAGAGCACAGAGAGUGAUUGAUAAGGAGAGACA